AUGGCCGGCCCCGUGGAGCCGCUCGUUCCCCGCCCAGGCCCCCUGCCCGCGGCCGGGGACGAGCCCGGCCCCGGCAAACUCCGCCCGCAGCCCGGGGGCAGCGCAGCCGGCGGGGGCGCGGCGGUCCAGGGCCCGGCCCCCGAGUCGCCUGGUCGCCGCCGGGCCGAGCGCGCCGUGCCCGCGCGUCCCCCCUCGUCCGCAGGCCGCGCCAGCCCCGCGGGGGGCGCCGGCGCGGCCCGCGCUCCCUCCGCGCUCGCCUUCUCCGCCCCUGUCCGCUCCUCCACUCCAUCUUCCUUUUACUUCUGGCCGCCGCCCCCUCCGCCCCCUCCUUCUCUUCCCCCCUCCUCAUCUGCCGUUCACUUCCCCGCGCGUCUCCCAGGAAGGGAGGGCGGCGGCGGCGAUGCUGGCGGAGGAGGAGGAGGAGGACAAGAGGCAGCUCCCUUGAGCGGCCCCCCCGGCAGCAGUCACCGCGGCGGCGGCGGGCGGCGGCGGCUCUUCGUCUCCCCUGCGCUCCAGGGCUCGCUGCUGCCAGCUCGCGCCGGGCCNNGCCCCGGCCCCGGCCCCGGCCCCGGCCCCGGCCCCGGCCUCGGCGGCGGCGGCCGAACCCCGCGGCGGCCGCGAGGCGCCGGCGCCGCCCUCGCCGCCGCGUCCCCGCUGCUUUUCGGUUCCGACAUGGAAGAUGGACCCUCUAAUAAUGCGAGCUGCUUCCGAAGGCUGACGGAGUGUUUCCUGAGCCCCAGUUUGACAGAUGAAAAAGUGAAGGCAUAUCUUUCUCUUCACCCCCAGGUAUUAGAUGAAUUUGUAUCUGAAAGUGUUAGUGCAGAGACUGUAGAAAAAUGGCUGAAGAGGAAAAACAACAAACCAGAAGAUGAAUCAUCUCCUAAGGAAGUCAGCAGGUAUCAAGAUACGAACAUGCAGGGAGUUGUGUACGAGCUAAACAGCUAUAUAGAACAGCGGCUGGAUACGGGAGGGGACAACCAGCUGCUCCUCUAUGGGCUGAGCAGCAUUAUUAAAAUCGCCACAAAAGCUGAUGGAUUUGCACUGUAUUUCCUUGGAGAGUGUAAUAAUAGCCUUUGUGUGUUUACCCCACCUGGAAUCAAGGAAGGAAAACCCAGGCUCAUCCCUGCUGGGCCCAUCGCCCAGGGCACCACCACCUCCGCCUACGUGGCGAAGUCCAGAAAAACGUUGCUAGUAGAAGACAUCCUUGGGGAUGAACGAUUUCCAAGAGGUACCGGACUGGAAUCAGGGACGCGUAUCCAGUCUGUUCUCUGUUUGCCCAUCGUCACGGCGAUCGGUGAUUUGAUCGGCAUCCUUGAGCUGCACCGGCACUGGGGCAAAGAAGCCUUCUGUCUGAGUCAUCAGGAGGUUGCAACAGCAAAUCUUGCCUGGGCUUCGGUAGCCAUACAUCAGGUUCAGGUAUGCAGAGGUCUCGCCAAACAGACUGAAUUGAAUGACUUUCUACUCGACGUAUCAAAAACGUAUUUUGAUAACAUAGUUGCAAUAGAUUCUCUACUUGAACACAUAAUGAUAUAUGCAAAAAACCUGGUGAACGCCGAUCGUUGUGCCCUUUUCCAGGUGGACCAUAAGAACAAGGAGUUAUAUUCAGACCUUUUCGAUAUCGGAGAGGAAAAGGAAGGAAAACCUGUCUUCAAGAAGACCAAAGAAAUAAGAUUUUCAAUUGAGAAAGGAAUUGCUGGUCAAGUAGCAAGAACAGGGGAAGUUCUGAACAUUCCAGAUGCCUAUGCUGACCCACGCUUUAACAGAGAGGUGGACCUGUACACAGGCUACACGACCCGGAACAUCCUGUGCAUGCCCAUCGUGAGUCGGGGCAGCGUGAUCGGCGUGGUGCAGAUGGUGAACAAAAUCAGCGGCAGUGCCUUCUCUAAGACGGACGAAAACAACUUCAAAAUGUUUGCUGUCUUUUGUGCUUUAGCCUUACACUGUGCCAAUAUGUAUCAUAGAAUUCGUCAUUCGGAGUGCAUUUACCGGGUCACCAUGGAGAAGCUGUCCUAUCAUAGCAUUUGUACUGCAGAGGAAUGGCAAGGCCUCAUGCAUUUCAACCUUCCCGCCCGUCUUUGCAAAGAAAUUGAAUUGUUCCACUUUGACAUUGGCCCCUUUGAAAACAUGUGGCCUGGAAUUUUCGUCUACAUGGUCCACCGGUCCUGUGGGACAGCCUGCUUUGAGCUUGAAAAAUUGUGUCGUUUUAUCAUGUCUGUGAAGAAAAACUAUCGUCGGGUCCCUUACCACAACUGGAAGCACGCGGUCACGGUGGCACACUGCAUGUACGCCAUACUCCAGAACAGCCACGGGCUCUUCAGCGAACUCGAGCGCAAGGGACUGCUAAUUGCGUGUCUGUGCCAUGACCUGGACCACAGGGGCUUCAGUAACAGCUACCUGCAGAAAUUCGACCACCCCCUCGCAGCACUGUACUCCACGUCGACCAUGGAGCAACACCACUUCUCCCAGACCGUUUCCAUCCUUCAGUUGGAGGGGCACAAUAUCUUCUCCACCCUGAGCUCCAGUGAAUAUGAACAGGUGCUUGAGAUCAUCCGCAAAGCCAUCAUUGCCACAGACCUUGCAUUAUACUUUGGAAACAGGAAACAGUUGGAAGAGAUGUACCAGACCGGAUCGCUAAACCUUAAUAAUCAAUCACAUAGAGACCGUGUCAUUGGUUUGAUGAUGACUGCCUGUGAUCUUUGUUCUGUGACAAAGCUGUGGCCGGUAACAAAAUUGACGGCAAACGAUAUAUAUGCAGAAUUCUGGGCUGAGGGUGAUGAAAUGAAGAAGCUGGGAAUACAGCCUAUUCCCAUGAUGGACAGAGACAAGAAAGACGAAGUCCCACAAGGCCAGCUUGGAUUCUACAAUGCCGUGGCCAUUCCCUGCUACACGACUCUCACCCAGAUCUUCCCGCCUACAGAGCCUCUCCUGAAAGCCUGCAGGAAUAACCUGAGCCAGUGGGAGAAGGUGAUUCGAGGGGAGGAGAGUGCCGUGUGGAUCUCGAACCCGCCGGCGGCCCAGGGGACCUCGGAGAAGCUGCCCGUGAAGAUCGAUGACUGAUGGCCGCCCCCGAGCCCUCCCGCCUGAAGAUGUUCAUCUUGCUUCUUUGACUUUUCUUCCUUUUAUUUUUGUGGGGGGAACCUACACCUGGUAACGGGAUGCAGACCUCUUCAAGAAGGUACCGUUAAGUAAACACAUCCAGCAGACGGCUCCCCGCCAGCCUCCUCUGUACUGCGUCACAGACGGUGA